GGAGAAGGUGCAGCUCCUCUCUCUCCGAGUGAAGAUUGAGAUUUAUCCCAGACUGCAACUUCGUUCCUCUGUCACUCAUCUAUCUCUCUCCUCUCACAUUAUAAAUGUGCCCCCAUUCGUGAAAUCGUCCAUCCGAGCGACUAUAUUUAUACCUCUCAUUACUUUAUGAACUUCUCUUCUCGCAACCUCCUACACUCCAGUGAGAAAAGGCCCAGCCGAUCCAACAUUUCUUCAAAUCUUCCACAUGCAACAACUUGAAGUCAUGUGAGAAAAAAGCUUGAAAGAAAUUGAUCUAUCGACUUCUGACAGAGCUCCUUGAUUCUUUGGGACUUGAACAUCAGUAGCUAUUCAAAUUGAGAGAAAAUAUUGAGAGGUUUUGGACACUAGUGUGGCAGGAAGAAUACUGAGACACCCGAGUGAGGGAAAUUCAAUGCCUGACUGUGAAAAGUGCUUCAAACCAUUUACUCAGCUCGGGGGAAUCAAAAUCUCACCCCUCACGGUGGGGAAAGACUGUGUAUCUGUUCUGCUUGUAAUUUCAAACCCAGAGUGACACAAGGAAAGCUCCCCCCAUGGGGAAACCAUGGAAAUGUGGGGACUGUGGGAAAGGAUUCUCUUCCCCCUCAGCACUGGAAACCCACAGACGCGUUCACACCGGGGAGAGGCCGUUCAGCUGCGCUCAGUGUGGGCAGACAUUCACUGAAGCAUCCCACCUUGUGAGACACCAGCGUGUUCACACUGGGGAGAGACCAUUUACCUGCUCCGUGUGCGGGAAAAGAUUCAGUCAGAUGGGCAACCUGCAGACGCACCAGCAGGUUCACACGGGAGAGAAACCAUUCACCUGCCCCGUAUGUGGGAAGGGGUUUGCUCAGGCAUCUAGACUGAUCAUUCAUAAGCGGGUCCACACCGGGGAGAGGCCAUUCACCUGCUCCGUGUGCGGGAAGGGUUUCAGUCAGAUGGGCAACCUGCAGACGCACCAGCGGGUCCACACGGGAGAGAAGCCGUUCACCUGUCCUGUGUGUGGGAAGGGGUUUGUUCAAUCAUCGAGACUCUUAAUCCAUAAGCGGGUACACACAGGGGAGAGGCCAUUCACCUGCUCAGUGUGCGGGAAGGGAUUCACUCAGUCAUCCACACUCCUGAUCCACCAGCGGGUACACACUGGGGAGAGACCGUUCACCUGCUCCGUAUGCGGGAAGGGAUUCACUCAGUCCUCUACACUCCAGAUCCACCAGCGGGUCCACACCGGGGAGAAGCCGUUCAUCUGCUCAGUGUGCGGGAAGGAAUUCAGUCGGAUGGGCAACCUGCAGAUGCACCAGCGGGUCCACACGGGAGAGAAGCCGUUCACCUGCUCAGUGUGUGGGAAGGGGUUUGCUCAGUCAGCUGCACUCUUGACCCACCAGCGGGUCCACACGGGGGAGAGGCCAUUCACCUGCUCUCAGUGUGGGAAGGGAUUCAUCAAUUCUUCUGCCCUGCUGACCCACCAGCGGGUCCACACAGGGGAGAGGCCAUUCACCUGCUUUGAUUGCGGGAAGGGAUUCAUCAAUUCUUUUGCCCUGCUGACCCACCAGCGGGUCCACACCAGGGAGAUGCCAUUCACCAAUGCUCUGCGGGAAGGAUUCAUCAAUUCUUCCACUCCACUGACCCACCCGCAGGUUCACACCGGGGAGAGGCCGUUCACCUGCUCUCACUGUGGGAAGGGAUUCACCCGCUCCUCCCACCUGCGGAGGCACCAGCGAGUUCACGAGCCACCGCAGGCGGAUUGAAAGAGCAACGGCUGAGAGCCAUUAUCGAUUGUACUAUUAACCCAGUUCUGGGGAUUCCCACUGUGAACGUGUGUAGGGUAUAAGGCGGCAGGGAAAGAGGUCUCUUCUGUGUUUUGUGAAACAAGAGGUUCAGCUGAGCAUGACUCUGAUCAGAUAAGAACUUGCAGUUAUCAGUGGGGUGCUGGAGGCAAGGUCAUGGGUUAACAAGGUGGAAAAGCAAUCACUAUGUAGAGCCACUUAACAAUAUUGGAAGCAUUCGGUAUGCAAAGUUGGCCUAACAAGGGGAAAAGAAUCCAUUGUAUGAAUCCAGUUAACAAGGUUAAGAACACUAAUUGUAUAACAGUAAAGGGCUUGGUCUCUGCUAUUGAUACUCAUUGAUUGUAACGGUCACCCAGUUAUAUGUAUGUUGCCUUAUCUGGAUGCUCUGCUCUGUAAAAUGUUGAUAUAAUUCAUGGAGAAACUGCUCUUCCAGAGAAGACCGUGAACUCAUGUCUUUGAGCACAUGGGCGAAUGUUCUGUCUCCCUCCAGGGCCCGGAAUAAAAAUGAAAGAG